AUACAAAGUGAAAUAAAGAAACUUGUUUACAACCGGAAGCAAGUUCAGGAACUGUUGAAACGUGUCACUCAAGGAGCUGAAUCAUUGCUUCUGUUUACUCAGAAUGUUCGUCAUAUCAGCAUCUACCAUUUACCUAAUGAUGUAACUGAGCCGUUACAGCCCAGGAAAAUAUUUGAGGUCACCAAAUCAUUAUCACAGGAUGGAGUAAGACGGGAACUGCCUGAUAAAAUUACUCUUCCAACUACUGCCAUGAAGCUGAGCACAGAAGAUCAGUUCUUAUUGAAACAGUGUAAUUUUCUGCGAGCGUCAUCUGAAGUCAGCAAGCUAAGCCGUGGAUACAGCGAGUCCGCUCCCGCUCUCCUUAGCUCUGCUCUGACACUGAAGAUCAAAAGCACCGUAUCAGAAUAUGGCAGCAGUUUCAUGGAAUGUAGCGUUUCUAGUAAUGAUGAAAUUUGGCUUGUCGUCUCAUCUAUGGGCAAAGGUGCAGCGAUGCAAUUCGCGAAGAAAGACAGCAGUCUUCUUGCAUCAGCGGGGGUUGGUGUUCAGAUCUCAACUAAAGAUUCUCUAACUCCGGUACCUAUUUGCGAUGAAACCAAAGGAUCAAAGGCAAAUGGGAAUGUUUUUUGUUAUCUUCCACUUCCCAUCUGUAGUGGACUACCUGUACACAUAAACGGAACGUUUGCAGUUUCCUCAAACAGACGAAAUUUGCUGGUGAAAACCGAAGAUGAUAAGGCUAAUUUUGGACAAGAGUGGAAUGAAGUGCUUUUAAAAGAUUGCGUUUGCUCUGCAUAUCUUGACCUUCUUGAAGACUUAAAGUCCUUUUCACAGGCCUUAAACAAUGCAUACCAAUAUCACACACUGUGGCCAAAAUGUGACGAAGUAAUGUCAACUUGUGAGCCCCUUGCACGUUUAUUCUAUGAAUAUCUUUUAAAUGGAAAUAAGGCUGUUUUUUCGGAUGGCAAGAGUUGGUUGGCCAUCAAUGAAACUGUCUUCCUAACGCCAGACCUACGUGAGGAUUCUCAAAUAGGAGACGUAUGCUUCGAAGUGUUCAAAUUGUUGGUUGAAGGUAAUGGAGCUGUAAUUGAUCUACCCAGAAAUGUGUUUGAGUCUUUUAAGAAGUAUGGUCUUGCUGAAAAAAUCCACUCCCGAAGCUACGAUACGAGUAGGUUCUUUUUGGAAUUGUUCUUCCUAAACAUUGGUUUAGUGCCCCCUGACCUGAGGGACAACUUGGUCUUGUAUGCCCUUGAUUCUCAAAGAGAAGAGUUGAAUAAUGCAAUGAAAGUGUAUGCUUGCAUUUCCGUAUCACCAGAUCGUCAUAACCUUAAAUGCCCCUCUCAACUUAUUGAUCCACGUAGAUCUGCAGCGUUGUUAUUUUCUCCGGAAGAUCAAAGGUUUCCUGUAGAGGCAUUCAGACAACCUUUUCACCUCCAUCAACUAGAGCAGCUUGGAAUGUUGACAGACGAUCUUCCGUGGUCUGACGUUGUAGAAAGGGCAGAA